UGAAGCGGAUGCCAGAGCAUGUGCACAUUGCUCAACCACGUGUUCGGCCUAGCAGAUCAGUGAAGGCAAAGCACGAUGACUGCGGGCGUACAAGCAUAUUUUGAAUGACUAGGCGGCGGACAAGAGGUGGUGAAUGCGUACACACUGCGGUAGGUGUCACCGAGGAGAAGGCGCGAUGCCGACCAGGCAUCGCGUCGAACUCUUAUCUGCGGGCGAGACAGCUCAUACAGCAGCAUGAACCUUAUCCUUGUACUCAUGUGACAGUGCAUGAUAUUGUAACCUCAGCUGAUUCCUCAACUUCCCUACCUUCCAUGACGGAAGAGUCAAGACCAGGCGCCCAGCAACGGGUAGCAUCUCUCUAUGCGCAGCGCGAAAACAAGCAUCUCAUGGGUGAUAUGGAGCAGAAGCCUGUCGAUCAGUAAUGUGACAAGCUGGCAUGUCAAAUGUAG